AUGGCUACUGCUGUAGUGGAUAGUGGAGGUGCGCCUUUGGUUUCCAGCGGAGAAACCAAUGCGUCUGCACCAGAAGACCCUUUUGUCAAUGGUUCUGGUGACCAUCUACCUCACCCGCAUCCUCACCGAUAUUCAGCGUUCGACCAUCAGAUCUUUAGUCUCGAUGCUGCUUCCUCACCAUCUUCAGCGAAACGUGCAAUAGAAGCCCAUCUAGCCGAGACAAACCGCCGAUUAGAAGAUGCUAGCAGACUUGGAACUAGCCUGGUUGAGCAGCGCGCACAGCUGGCAGAGAAGCUCAAAGAAGUGGAGAAGCGUAAAGACGACGCUGAAUUACCGCCUGAGCUCAAAGAGAAAUUGGCUGAGAUAGAAAGAGAUUACAACGAUGUUGGUCGCGAAACUGCAAGAGCCUUGCUGGCACCACGCACAAGAGUAGUGGGUACAGAUGACAGGCCGAGCGAAUCUAGUCCGGUUGUCCUGUCGACUCAGGCGAACGCCUCGCCUUCCAAAGUGUCCGUACCUUCGCGAAAACAACGUAAUCAGCCGUUAAGCCGAGCAGAAGAUCUGCAAUUCGCGGCAGAUAUCACUACAUCUCUCCUGGGGCAAGCACGGCAACUACAGGCCGCAUUGGCCGAAAGGGAUGAAUCCUUGAAGAAGCUCAUGUCAGAAAAAUCUAGACUGGAAACUGAAGCCGAAAGCUUUGCGCAGAGGCUGCGUGCUCUGGAUGAGAGCGAGCAACGAUACAAAGACGAAAACUGGAACCUCGAAACCCAGACCCACGAAAUGAUGGCUGCUGCGAAAGAAGCCGCUGAUCGGGAGAAGAAACUGAGUGCAAGUCUUGCUGCUGCUCUCUCUGAGAAAAGCAGGUUAGAGAACGAUCUAGAUGAGGUUCGCAUGGCGCAUGGAAAGCUUAGUGAAGAUCAUACAGCUGCAGAGAAGCUCCACGAUUCAGAGAUACAUUCUUUACGAAGGAAUCUGGACAUCUUAGAGGGCGAACGAAACUCCUCUCAACAAAAAAUUGAUGAAUUAACGGCACAGAACCAAGAAUUGGCUCAGGCCAUCGCGACCCGAUUCCGUACUCGAGAUAAUGAUGCAGAGAGGGAUCUGUCCUUAAAUGAAGAAUACGAAUUCAAGGAUACAAUAACUCCAGAGCACUCCCCCCCUCCUUCUCCAACAAAAGCAACACCACGACAUGGGGCUUUGGAAUCCGAGACUCUGAAGAGCUCCCUUCAACAUGCUCAUCGAAUGAUACAAAACCUCAAAGGGAACAUCCAUCGUGAGAAGACGGAAAAGAUCGAGCUCAAAAGGAUGCUGCAAGAUGCGCGAGAUGAGCUUGAGCAGAGAAGAGCAGAAAGUGGAGGCCUCAACAGUGGUAGCAAGCGCCAAAAAACAAAGCCGGAAACCUUUAGGAAGCCUGCUAGACCAGACAUGCUGGGCGGUAGCCGCAGAGCCCGUACAGAUAUCGAAGUGGAUGAACAAGAUUGGGAAGAUCAUCCUGGGGAUGGUAGCCCCAGACAUGCAGCCGCCACGAGAACGCUUACGCUGGGACCAGGACCUGGAACUGGACAUCUUUCAGGCGCUGGCAACAUGACUGAUUUCAGCGACGCUUAUCAGACUGCCAACGAAACAGAAGGCUCGUUCGAAACAGCACACGAGCGAGAGACUACUGAAGGCGAGGAGUUUCAGACGGGGGCAGAAAGUCUUGCAGGUGAGAGUACAGACGAGAGUACCGAGACCGAAACUGAAGGACGCGUUGGCCGUACGAACACUAUUCGCACAAACAUGCCCUCGAUGCUUGGUAAUGUGGGCAAACGAAACUCCUAUAUGAGCACAGCAUCAACAUCAGCAGGCGAAGACGAAAUCGACUUCCAAACUCCCGUACAGUCUCAGCCUCUGCGAUAUCGAUUGAAGAUGGGACGAGGUGCAAACGCUCGUCAAUCAAGGAACCAGGUAGAAGCCGCUCAACGUGAGAGUCUGGUCACUGUACAAGGCUCUCCGGCUAGCUUGAACACCAGCCCACCCACUGGGGAGCAGAGCCUAUUUGCAGAGCUUGGAGAAUUCAAUGGUGGCGGCAGCGAGUUCAGCACACCCGGCGGUGCAAGUGUUUUCUCCUCCAAGUCUACUCCAGGUCCUGCCCUCAUGAGCGGGCGCAAGAGUUUGACAGAUUCAGAUCCUACGACCGCACCAGAACCGCCAAAAAUGGUCGACUCCGCAAUGAUGACAGAGCCUUGGAAGCCCGAGACAACCCCUCCCAGAAGUCUAGGUCCUCCCAUCGACCUCGCUGGCGCCGCAGCCGGUUACGGUCUCUAUGGCCAUGAUGCCCCUCCUUCACCAUCUGACUUUCCUCUUCCACCUAGCCUCACAAGCUCGCCUAGCAAAUCAGAGGUGCACUACACUCCCAUGAGAGGACUUCAAGACAGUCCCAACCGUGGGACGCCGAGCUUCAUCACACCUCCAAAGACGAUCUGGGAUGAAGCUCAAGAUCAAGGACUGACAGAAACUGGCGGGCAGACCAUCCCUUCAUCUCCACCAGCGCCCACCCAGAGCUUCAUGCAAACCUUACCCCAGACGCCAGAUCUUACAUCUACGCAGCAAACAGAGACUGCUGCUAUCUCUUCCACGGUGCGAUUCUCGUUCUCUCCAAUAAUCAGUCAAGAGACCAUACCAGAUGAGCCACCAGUCUCUGAUGUUCCUCAAUCCACCGCGACCAACACCCCAAGCAAAGAUCGCACAUCCAGCACACCACAGGAGACAGCUGCCGGCAUGGGUCUCAUUGCGGCUAUGGGUGCAGCGCUCGGGUUGAGCACAGCUAAGCAGCCCGAGACAGUUGUUAAUGAAGAUGAGACGCACCAUACAACACAUGAGAUGGUCACGCAAGAAGCAGCAGGCCAAUCAUCUCCACUGAAAGACACAUCCGGCAAUAUCAGCCCCACAGGAAGGGGAUCUUUGGAAAAUCCUGUUGAGCCGCCUGCCUCUGUUCCCAUGAGCACUCAAGGGUCGCAGACAAUUCUAACCUCGGCGCAAAUCGAUAAGGCCUUGAACAGGACUCUUGCGCAACCUUCUCAGAACAUUCGCGCUGCCCAAACUCCUUCGUUAAAACCAAUCGUAACCGGUGUCGUCCCUCGCUCGCCGUCCCGGAACCGAAUUCCCGUCGCAGAUGUCGAUCUACCACGACCUCUGUCACCCGUGAAACGUUCCAGCAGUACAAGCAGCCAGCAGGCCGCGAACGCUGCCCCGCACCCUCCACUCCCACCAGACCACCGAGAUGUGAUUGCAAAAGCUGGAGGACGUCUUCCCGGGUCUGGGAUAGAGUCUUCUCAGGCAGCCACUACAAGUGGCCCUGGCCUGAUGGGCCCUCCCGUGGCUCCUGCUUCAGCAUAUCGUCGUCCACGGACAUCGGCGGAUCAAAGCAUAUCCUCACCCACCAGAGGAGGCGCUGCUCCACGGCCAACGUUCCAGGAACGUAACCGCAGUAGAGCUGGCAGCCAGAUUUCUCGACAGUCUUCCGUGUCCUCCUUCGCUUCAGAGCUUGAUCAACGUUUCAAUAUCCGCACUGAUGGAUUGCCCGCCAACCAGAGUUUCGAAGCAGGGCCCGGCACUGACCCUCGCAUGAUUCAAGCAAUCACCCAGACCAUGAUAGGAGAAUUCCUAUGGAAAUACACGCGUAAGGCUGGACGACCAGAAAUGAGCAAUACCCGGCAUAAGCGCUAUUUCUGGGUGCAUCCAUACACCAAGACUUUGUAUUGGAGUGAGCAGGAUCCGCAGUCCGCUGGUGGAAAGGAGCUCAAAGCGAAGAGUGUGGCAAUAGAGAGUGUCAGAGUCGUCACCGAUGAUAAUCCAAUGCCGCCUGGCUUGCAUCGAAAGAGCUUGGAAGUGGUGACCCCAGGGAGAAAAGUCAAGUUCACCGCAGGCACAGGAGCGCGACACGAGACUUGGUUCAACGCGCUGUCUUACCUGCUCAUGCGCGGACAAGACGAUGGGGUGGAAAAUGGCAACGGAAACACGGUGGUGGCAGACGGAGGUCUAACGGCAGACGACGUGGAUGAGUUCAAUCCUGGCGGGUACGGGAGGAAUUCUCGCAUGAACGGCAUGUCCAAAUUAUCCCUUGCGAGCUACACUUCUCAAACCACAAGAGGCACGAUGAAUCGCUCGAGGGCGUCCAUGAGGCAAUCGCAGGGACAAGCUGGUAGUAGCAUGAACACAGCCCAUGCCUCCUCUCCCGCUCUAGGCAACAACGCUACGACGGUAUCGUCCACCACACCCAUUACCACAGAACGAGACGAGGGCCAUGACCCCAAUCGCGCCCUCCGUCAAGGCUCCGUCUCCCGCUUCUCAAGCAUGUUCAAACCCUCCACCAUCCGUGAUUCCUUCUCCAUGAGUCGUCGCUCCGUCCGACAUAGCGACGUGAGCGCAGGCACUGCCACCGUCUCUACCUCCGGUGCGCGAGCAGGCCGUGAGAGCAGUCUCUACAACGCGUCGGCCGUGAACGAAGAUGAGCUCGAUAGUGCGGAGGACCUGCGAAGGGAAAUGUUGAGACAAGAGAUGGAGGGAGAGGGCAAAUUGGAAAACGUUAGGGCUUGUUGUGAUGGUAAGCACGAUGUUUCGGACCUUGCGAACGGGGGACGCCAUCGUCACAGCCUCAAUGUAGGUUUUCUACGGCGGCGGCGGCGGCGGGGACGGCGAGACAGAGGAGUCGAGAUCGGCUAG